CCCCGGCCCGGCCCGUGAGGGGAUGGAGGGUGGCGGCGGGGCCGACGCGGCACCCGGCGCGGGGCCGGGGCCAGAGCCGGAGCCGGAGUCGGAGUCGAGGUCGGAGCCGCAGCCGCAGCCGCAGCCGGAGCUGGAGCCGGAGCCGCAGCCGCUGGUCGGGCUGCCGCUGCUGGAGCCCGGGCUGCCGCUGGGGCCGGCGGCGGGCGCGCCCCUCGGGUACCUGCACGUCCUGUGGCAGCGGGAGGAGCCGGCGGGCAAGAUCCCGGCCCGCCGCCUGCGCAGGGCCGCCCGCCUGCACCGCCGGCUGGGGCCCACGGGCAAGGAGGCCCACGCUCUGAAAAGGCUGCGUGAAGCUGCCAAUAGCAAUGAUUUAGACACAGUGCAGCAACUCUUGGAGGAUGGAACUGAUCCCUGUGCUGCGGACGACAAAGGCCGGACCGCCCUGCACUUCGCCUCCUGCAAUGGCAACGAUCACAUCGUGCAACUGCUUCUGGACCAUGGGGCUGACCCAAACCAGAGAGAUGGGCUGGGCAACACCCCCCUACAUUUGGCUGCCUGCACGAACCACGUUCCUGUCAUCACCAUGCUGCUGCGCGGAGGGGCCAGAGUUGACGCCUUGGAUCGAGCCGGCAGAACCCCGCUGCACCUCGCUAAAUCGAAGCUGAACAUCCUGCAGGAAGGACUGUCCCACAGCCUGGAGGCCGUACGCCUGGAAGUGAAACAGAUUAUCCAGAUGUUGCGGGAAUACCUGGACCGUCUGGGGAGGCAUGAGCAAAAGGAACAGCUGGAUGACCUCUGUUCCAGGUUACAGAUGACAAGCACGAAGGAGCAGGUGGAUGAGGUUACAGACCUCCUGGCCAGCUUCACAUCGCUCAGCCUGCAGAUGCAGAAGAUGGAGAACAGGUAAUGGGCUUCCAAAUCAUCUUCCUGAUGCAGCAGAAGAGGCCUUAGAGAGAAAAAAAGGAAGCUGAAGCUUGCUUCCCAGAUCGCUGAAUAAACAUUGCUGCCAGCGGCCUUUCCUGCCAGACUGACUCUCCAGUGGUGCUCAGACUGUUCCUGUUGGUGCUGCCCCAGCUGCCUCACGGGGAGGCAGCAGGCUUUGGACAACAGAGGCAAGAGACAACAGAGUGCCGCAUCUGUGACUUUGGGGUAAAAGAACUGCUCUACUUUUUAUCAGAUGGGCUGGUGAUGAAUAGGAUACCUUCUCCAGAGAUAUUUUGCCUUCUUCUAAGUACUUCAGCUUGAUGUAGGUGGUGGCUGAUGUCAUGUACAGUCACCAGCCCUGACUAGUGCACUCAGCAGCUGGCCAGCAUCACAGAAAUGCUUGAAACGGGCACUUUUUGCCACCUCCAUAGUGCUCAAUUGCCUGAGAGAGAAAGUGAAUACCUUGGACAACAGAAGGCUUUGUGCUGUGAGAAGCACACACGCUUAAUUCUGCAUGCUAGCAGCUGAGCAAACAUACUGCUUUGAGAGACAUGCACUGAGGCUUAAUCCUCACCUUCCCCAGAGCCUGUGGUCAGAGGGCAGAGAAUCUGUCUGGUUACAAAUGGGAUACAGCUUUCACUGGCCUCAUUUUUUAAAUCACUGCUGCAAGUUAGUGCUUAGAUACUACAGUGUAACACUUGCAAAAAAUACCCAGGUACGCAGCUAGCAGGUCAGAGCUGCCCUGAUGCAAGAAUAAGGUUUGGGGGGUGACAAUCUUAACAUAGUUUUAGGUAGACAUCUACAUCUUGCAAAAAAAACCCCACCAUAACUGACUUUUGUGUUUCCUGUUACUGGCAGUCUCAGGCAAGGGGUCCCGUUGUGACAGGAGGUGUUGCACGUGCAGCCGUAUUAUUGGGCUGGGAUGGAUAUGGGUUUAUGUCUGCCUCAGCAGCACCAAGCCCACUGGUCAGCAAUCCUGUGUUUCUUGCUUGUCAUGCAGAGCCUUAAGUGCAGUGUGAGAAACAAAUCAUGACUUCUGCUGGGAGUCUGAAGUGAUGAAGCUAUGCAGUGAAUUGAUCUUGCUGCUCUCUCACUUCUGCCCCUGUGGUUAGUAAUGAAGAUUUAGAUUACUUUGUUUUGGAGCAGGGAUCAUGAAAUCCCAUUGAUAGGGUGCCAACAGCAGCAGGGAGCAGGAACAUGCCCAAUAAUAAUCUGAAUUCCUACCUGUGUACCACACCGUGGUAGUGCUGGUAGCCAUACCCAUUCCACAGCUUGGGAAUCACUGGUUUGGAAGAGUGCCUUAUUAGGAUUCAGCUUAAACAUGCAGCAGCCACAGUUUGGAGCAUUCUUCAGAGACCUUUAGAUCAGCAUGCUCUCUGAUAUCUGCCUUUUGUCCAGGAAGAGAUUAAGUGGACCUCUGUGUUCAAAGCUGAGAUACCAGAAAUAGGCAUGGCUUUUAGAUGAGUUCAUCCAUGAGGUGCUGGAGAACAUGACUGGGACCAGCAGUCUUGUGGUUGGUUGGGCUGGAGCUGUCACUAUGAAUAGUGGUACUUCGUUAUGAUGUGCUGGAUGGGAAGGAUGCCAAGGAGGUGGGAGACAAUCUGACCUUUUUGUAUUUUAAACUUCAAUAAAAUCCUGUCAGCCUUUUAAGA